AUGAACAAAUUCUCGGCCAAGAUAUCUCCUUCCUCCGGACCCCAACCUGUCACACAUCACCUGCCCACACCAGCAAGUGAGAAGGAUCCUCAGGAGCAGACUUUAGUUCAGGAUGAAUCUGAUGCAAAAAGACCAUCUAAACGCUGUUGCACUCGAUGUCCAUUCCGAGCCAUACAGAGGGUGGCAUGUGGGCUCAUUUUAGGGGCUUGUGUAGCUGUUUCCUGGGCCUGGGGUACCAAUAGUGCUAAAGAGACUCUGAUAAGACAUCCCGCCCCAUUCUUCAUCGUUUGGUUUUGUAGCAUCUGGAACAUUCUCUUUUUUCCACUCUAUUAUCUGUGUCAUCUUCUCAUGGAGAAACAGAAGCAGUUGCCAUGCACGGAGUUCAGAAAGUGCAGUCUGUUCCUGGGUGAAGAGCUGACUGUAAGAAUUGUUCUGAAAGGAGCCGCUCCAUUCUCUGUGCUAUGGAGUUUAUCUGGUUAUCUGUACUUGUUGGCGCUUUGCCGCAUCUCCAAAGUGGAUGUAAGUGCCGUCCUCUGCUGCAACCAGGCUUUUGUUUUCCUCCUUUCAUGGAUUGGACUCAAGGACCGCUUCAUGGGUGUCAGGAUAGUGGCUGCCAUCCUAUCCAUCACUGGCAUUGUUAUGUUGGCCUAUGGGGAUGGUUUCCAUAGUGAUUCAAUCACAGGAGUGGCACUGGGAGUUGGUUCAGCUUCAGCUUCUGCUUUAUUCAAGGUGCUUUUCAGGAAGCAUGCAGGAAGUGUCCAACCAGGUGCUGCCAGUGUGUUGCUGUCUUGUGUGGGUCUGUGUAGUUUUGUCCUCCACUCCUGGGUUUGUGUAUUGCUGUAUUUCACACAUGUGGAAUACUGGCCUCCCUCUCAGCACAUCCCUUGGGAUAAACUCUGUGUCAUGGCUACUCUACUGCUUGUUUUCAAUUUGCUGGUAAAUCUGGGAGAAAUAUUCACGUACCCCAGAUUAAUUUCAUUGGGAAUUCUCUUGACCAUCCCAGCUAGUGCAGCUGUAGAUGCAUUUGUGACUGAAACUCUGCAAAUGAGCCAUGUGCGAGCAGCGGCAGCCGGCAUCAUCUCAGCAGGGUAUCUCAUGCUGCAGCUUCCAGAAAACUGGGACGACAGCACUUUGCACUGGCUCAGCACACUGUGGCGUGGAAACUGGCGAGAGGACAGUGUAGUUGGAGAGGAGACUGUAAUGGACACUGCUGGGAUUGCAAGAGCAAAACCCAAACCAGCUGUAAUGACACUCAGCUGAGCAGACUAGAUUCUGAUUUAAGUAUUGGUGUGAUAACAUCAUAAAAUCUUUUGUGUCUGUGUAAAUGUAAUUACUCACAUUGUAGUUGAGUUUUGAUGUUGUUUAAAAUGUAAAUACGUAUUUAAGAAAAAUAAAGGCAAGAUGUAAUAGCAAUGUGUGAGGACACCCACUGAUUCA